UGUCCGUUUGGAAACACCUCACGCGCAGUGUCAGAGUGAUGUAGAAUCCUUACAAAUCCUUUUCGAAAUUCGUUCCUACCCAGAGAUUACAAAUUCCAAUGGCAGACUCAACAACAAAAGUCGUCGUCGCCGUCAUUUACACUACAAUGGCGAGAAUGGGUGGAUUAAUAAUGUGGGCCUCGGUUCGCUUCUCUCCACCUUACCCAGGUGGCUCUUCUCGUGCUUAAGACUCCGCUGUUCCCGCCGUCCAUCUUGCCGUUCUGGUGUCAUCACCUCAUCGUUGCACUCCAUCGAUCUCACCACCAACCUCGUCCCAUACACCGAACCAUCUCAUCACACCUAUAACGAACAGUUCACAUCAACAGUCAAAAUGACUUUCAACCUCGUUGCUGUCGUUUACCCCAAGGAGGGCAAGCUUGAGCGCGUCAAGGAACUCGGCAAGGAGAUUUCCGCCUGGGUCGAGGCCAACGAGCCCAACACGCUCCAGUACCACUGGUCCACCUCGAAGGAGGACGACAAGCCCGUUAUCGUCAUUCAGGAGAUCUACGCCGACGAGGCCGCCUUCAACGCUCACAAGGAAAGCCCCAAGUUCGGUUGGAUGAUCGAGACUGCCACGAAGGAGGAUCUCUUCGCUGCUCCUAUCAAGAUUCUGUUCCUUGAGCCCUUCACUGGUUUUGCUGGCCGUAAGUAGAGGUCGGGCUAGCCGGUUUGCGAUGGAUGAUGAAUGAAAUUGUUCUGCACCUGUGCUUGAUCCCUGUCGGCAGUGGUAGGGUGUGCUUGUGAAUUCUGAAGUCUGAUGAUUUUCUCGGUGACUUCCAGUGUUUCUUUGGCCAGUUCAAGCUUGCACUUCCAUGAAGAGAGGUGGGCGGUGGGAUGGGCUUCCCGAGUGACAACCAACUUUACGACAUCCGUCGAAGGUGUCCAGCGAGUUCUGUGUUCAGAGAAGCCUGGGUAGAAAAGGUGAGGUGCGGGAAAU